UUUGCUUCCCACAUCUACACAUCACUAGUGCCAAGUACUUAUACAAAAUGAAGAUUUUUAUUUUAGCCCUGUUUUUCAUUGCAGCACAAGCCAAAACGUUCAAUAUAUCAGACUGCAUUUUGUUGGAAAUUGAUGGUACAAUCACUCUGGAUGUUAGUUCAAAGAUAAAAAAUGAUUCUGUCCCAUUCAACAUCACUGAUGCAACGGUGAAAGAAGGGUCAAGCUGCACCGAACUUGUAUUGACUCUCAAAGACUCUGUGGAAUUUAAACUACUUUUUGUCCCUGACAACAGCAGCUGGACUGUGCAGCCUUCUCUUUCAUAUGAUGCCGACAAAGCCUUCACACAUCUCAAUCUUACUAAACCCAUUAAUGUGAGCACGGUUGGCGACUCUGUUGGCAAUUUUACUAAGAAUGAAUCUUUUCUAUGUCGGGCAUCUGUUGAGCAUAAAUUUAAGGAUAUCUCAGAGGAGAAUUACACCUUCUCCGCGGUUGCCACUAUUUUCAACUUGCAUGUCGAGGCUGGGAGAAUUGGCAACGAUUCAUUCCGUGGAGGAACUGACUGUGAUCAAGAUAAAACAACUCCUCUCACUCCAACCACCUCUGGGUCCACUCCCACCUCUUCUCCCAAGCAGAACACACCUAAGACCUCAUUCCCUACAAUGAGUGUGAACUGCUCUUCCGACAACGUCACUCGUCUUCUCUUUGAAGCCCAGUUGUCUUUUGACAUCACCUACGAAAAUGAAAAAGUGAACAUUACUCAGACAUUUAAUGUACCGGCCGACGCAAAAUCUGAGCUGAAUUGUACAAACAACAUGAAUGCAACAAUUAGUUUCCAGUUCAAUAAAGACAGGGUGCUGGAAUACAUCAUUGAGCUUGCUAAGGAUGUGUACUGGGACAGCAAUGUCACUUUCACAUAUAAACAUGGUGAACAAUACUUCCAUGGGGAAGCUAUCAACAAAACCGAAACACUUAGAUAUUCUAGCAGUGACUUCUUAAAGGCAAAGGUUGAUGGAUACUAUCGCUGUGAUUCUAAUUCAUCUAUUAACCUUGGAACGAAUGUGAAGCUGUACACUAAAAACUUGAAAUACCGGGCUUUCAAUGCUGACAAUAAAAAUGCUGAUUUGAAGAGUGGAAAUGUUUCGGAAUGCUCGGCUGAUGAAGAGACCAGCAGUGUUGUCCCUAUAGCUGUUGGUGCUGCUCUGGCUGCGCUUGUGAUCAUGUUUUUGAUUGCUUACCUCAUCGGGCGCAAGAGAUCAUGCAAGCAAGGCUAUGAAUCAGUCUAAUCAACUGAGAUUAUUUUGGCUAGAAAAAGUUAAUGAAAAGUUAAAGAAAAUAGAAACAAACAUUUUAGAUAUAGCUAGAUGCCAAACUGAAUUUCAGUUUGUAGUUUCUGACAUUUAAUAUCUAAAACUUAAAUAAUUUUGGCUUCAUUUCUUCCAUACGGUGGUAAUGUCAGUGAUAUUAAAUGUAAUUAAUUAUCUAUGGUCUGUUUUUAAAUCUGCAAGUUCAUUACUUAGAACUAUUUGU